GAAGGCAGAAGCAGAAUUUAGCAGAAGCAGUGAAGCAGUCGAGUCAGUCAAAGAUUAUCAAGUUAGUCAGUCAGAACAGAACAGAAUCAUUGAAUCAACCGUAUCUUUUGCCUUUUUCUCCAGACGUUGCUGUAAUUUGAAAGAUAAAAUAAUAUUAGGGUGGAUGUAGAGUUUAUGAGAAAACUAAGAUUGUUUAAACUGUGGUGAAACGUAAAUAUGAAGGUUUAAAUAAGUCGUCACACCUUUGGAGCCACUCAGUAAUUAGCUGAAGAUGGCUGUGUUCAACAGAGAGGAUGGCAAGCUGGCGAUGGGAAGCAAAACCCCUGUCUCAAUCCUGCAGGAAUUGCUACAUAAAAAGGGAAUGACUCCACACUACGAACUCAUUUACAAUGGCACAGGAACUAAAGACCCUCUUUACAAGUUUAAAGUGUCAGCAAUGAAUAUGAUAGCUAUUGGUGACGGGAAGACAAAAAAAGAGGCAAAACACGAUGCUGCUGCGACGUUGUUAAAUAGGCUGCUGGGGAAUAGAGAAUUUGAGAUGAAUGGUAUGGACUUUGUCGAAGGAAAUCACAAGGAAGGUGUAGAUAUAGCCUCACCGUAUACUGGUUCGAUAAAGAUGAACUUUGUUGGCAAGUUGGAUGAAAUCUGUGUCCUCAACAAGAUUCCCAUCGCCAAUUACACUCUAGCCUCGGAAGAAGGUCCGCCUCAUGCGAGAAUCUUUGCUAUGAAAUGCACUUUGGGCAAGUUCUCUGAAGUUGCUGUUGCUCGCACAAAGAAGCAAGCCAAACAUUUAGUGGCUCAGAAAAUGAUUGACAAGAUGGAGAAACUUCUGAAAGAACGUUUUAUACCCGCCCAGGAAAAUGAGGAGCCUGCAGAAGAAAUAGUGAGGGAUCAAGAAAAGAUUAAAAACGGGAAUUUCAUUCAUGACUGGUCGUACGAGGUGAAACAACUUCAUAAUAUUUUUCACGUGCGAAAAGACGAGGUCCAACUUCCCUCCAUUUUUGUGAGUCUACCUGAAAAACCAGAGGAGUUUUACAAGUUGAUGGAGGACCCAAUGACAUUUCUGGAGGAAGUUGUUGAUGCCCUGGAAGGAGUUGUAACAAGGACUUCCAUCUCUCCAGAUAAGAUUGGGUCUGCUUUGGAAGAGCUGUCUGAAUUGUUGUUUGAAGAUGAUUUUCCCGACUCGUAUAAAGAAUUGAAGGAAAUUGAGGCAAAAGAACAAGGAAGUGAAAGUGACAGCAUUAUCAAUGUAUUACCUGAAUUCCUCUCAUCAGACCCAAAAGAAGAUGAAAAGCCAACUAACUCCUCAUUUGUUGGAAGUAAAAUUGAUGAAUGUGUUGAUCAAUUUGAGAAUAUUGAAAUCGUCGAAGAUUACACUUUAGUUUUUUGUAAUGUAAAAGUAGAAAUCCCUUUGGGCCUGUGGAAUUUUAUUGGCAGAGGAAGAAAUGAAGAAGAAGCUUCUGUAAAUGCUGCUAGGCAAGCUUUACAAUUCCUUAGAACUAUGGCCAUUCCUCCUCCUGGGGAAUUUUCGUGAUAAGUUAUAUUUCAAAUUUCAAACACCGGCCUUGACAUCAAAGAAUUUUUUUCCAAUCAGGCAAGGUUCUUUAUUAUAGAGAAAACCCCACUUGUAGCAAAUUAUCAACAGAACCAUUAAAAUUUAAGUUUUCUGUUUAGAUUUUACUAGGAAAUUACAAUCAAAGUUUAAGACACCUGAUAAAAAAAAAAAAAAAAAAAACUAUUUAACCCUACAACACAUAUAGUAAAAACGGCUGUUUGUUGUGUGGUAUGACCAAAACACGUUUUAACAUUCUAGUAGCAAUUUUACAAACAAAUUAAUGUUUUCCAAGUAAAAAGUUAUAAAACUUAUUUCCACUUUAAGGUAAAAAAAAUCCUUCUGCAGAGACCAAACUGAUUGUAAUGUUGUUUCAAAAAAGAAAAUUUCACUGAGGACAUGUUUUAAAAAGCUAUAAUGUACACAGGCACAUUUAUAGUACACUAAAGAAGCAGGUUAAUAUUUUGUUGUGAGUAAUAAAUAGAAUGAGGGGGACACUUCUGACAAUUGCACAGUUUAAUAUGGUUCAAACUUGUCUCCGAGGCCGAACAAUGCAUUGCCCUUUUACCUUUCAAAGACCAAAUAUGGGAUAGAUUUAGCAGUUAAAAACCUUACAAGGACAACAACAAAAUAUGAAUUUACAUCCAUUGGGAUGAAAAUCAAUGGAUUUAUGCUCUAGUGAAUAUACUAUUUCAGCGGAGAAGUGUUUUGUUUGGAAAACAAUCAAUUUUUUUUUUAUUUGUGUGGAUAGUACAGCACACUAUCUCAGAGUACCUAUCUUAAGACUGGUAGAUUUUGGAUUAUUUAGUCAUUGUUUGUUUUUCAAGCUACAAGUGUUAAGAAUUAAGUGUUAACGGUGCGAGCAUUAUAGUUCCCACACAAGGUAAGACGAGGAAUGUUAUUGUUAAAACCUUCCUGGACAAAUCAAUCACAAUAUCUUUAACACCACCACACUACCAGCAACAGAUAUACAUGAUCUUAGCUUUGUUGAGGCUUGAGAACCUACUAAAGAAAUGUUAUGUUCUUUUUAUAUAUUUAUAUUAUUAUAUUGUUUUAUUUGUGAAAAAAAGCAUCGUAAGAGUACUCAGCAAAUUUAUUGAGCUCCAACUGAUUUUAUUGAGUGCCUUUUCCGAAAAAAUUUCAAAUCAGAUCAAAAUAAACUUGAUUAAUUAGCCUAUAUGCACUUGCAUUACAUUGAACACAGUCAAUCAUUCUGAAGUACAAUAAUAAAUAAUAAACUGAGAUAUUAAUAAACAAAAACAAUAUUUUUAAGAGCCUUUAUAAUUAAGUAAGUUACAAUCAUAUAAGUUUCAAAUAAAUUAUUCAAAAGGGUAAAAAGCCCUUCCAAUAAGGUAGUUUUUUAGUUUUCUUUUAAACGAUUUUCUUUGCUACAACUAGACCAGACAUCAACUGCUUACUGUGUAGGUAGUGUGGUAAAAAAUAUAUUACAUAAACCAUCUUGUUUUGGAACUUUCAACUUUUAUUAGCUCGCAUCGUAUACUAAAACUAAAUAUAAGAAUCAAUAAUGCUCAAACUGUUAUGGAUUUGUAAAACUACUAAAUCCCUGCCUUAUAAGGUUCUUAAAUUUUCUAUUUGUAAAUACUGUAUAAAACACAGGUACUUUACAAAAAGAACUAAAGGGCGAGUGCACCAGUGAAUCACCGUUUUGUAUAAAAAAUUGAAUAGAAACUUUGGUGCCCACUUGGAAUCUAACCUGUUCCUGGUUCAAAAAAGAAAGUUUUAAUAAUCCUUUAGUAAGCUAAUAAAAACAAAAUUAAGUGUUCCAACCAGUUUAUCUUCAAGAUUUCCACUAUUGUGUCUUAUAACAACAAGGUCGGUUGUAUUCAUUUUCCAUGAUUAUUGAUUAUUACUGAUUAUUGAUUAUUAUUAUUGAUUAUUGUUAUUAUUAUUGAUUAUUAUAAUUAUUGAUUUUAUUUGAUUAUUGAUGGAAACUGCAAUAUAUUAUUUAUGUAAUUCAUAGUAAACGUGUUAAGGUAUAAAAACCAAUAAUUAUCUGAUCAAUUGGUCAUUUACUGGAUUACAUCUUCGAGUGUAACCAUUGAAUGAAGUUUUGGGUUGGGUCAAUUUUCUUGAUGGAUGUUGAUGACGAUGUUUUCUGAUGGUUGGAACACAAAAUCUCAUCAGAAAUCAUGUGGAUACACCAAUUAUACAGAAUAUGACCAUGGGUUAAAGGUUACGGUAAUUUACUUGAUGAAAAGUCUCAUCCACUAGAUAACAAUCUUGAACCAAAGAUAUAUGUGUGAUAAACUGUAUUUUUGGCACAAUAUUCCAAGUGAUAUAAUUAGGAAGUAAAGGAGAAUCUAAGAAUACGUUGAAACUAUUCUUUACACUGCAGCUUAAUUGCCUACUUUCCCACGGAUACAAGUGUAAACUCGAGCUUAAUAUCAUCCACUGGUGCCCUCACCCUACCUUAUGACCAUUAUGUUCCCAAAGAUUGUAUUUGUUCUUUUGGUUUGUUUGAAUACAUUGAUACAAAAAUGUU